AUGAUCAGCAUUACUUUUUGCCUCUGCUCCGUAUUCUUGGCUUCAGGCGUCCUCGGAGCUCCUGCCCCAACUGUUAGCCCUGUUUCGAGCGUUGUCCUGUCAUCCGAUUCCGGCGCUACACCGACAUCGUCUGCCGUUGACGCCACUGCAACAGUCCCCUUCAUCGAUUUAGAUCCCAAUCUCCCCGUGUGGCCUGUUGGAGACGAGGCCAACGACCAAUGGCAGCCCGAGCGCGGGACCCUUGGAGCUCCACUCUUAGGACCCACGAACAAUGAAAUCGCCCAACAGAACCCUGACUUCUUCGCACCUCCCUCUACCGAUUCUGGAAGCAUGCCCAAUGCGAAGUGGCCCUUCAGUAUGAGUCACAAUCGCCUCCAAACUGGCGGGUGGGCUCGUCAAGAGAACAUCGGUGUGAUGCCCAUUGCUACUCAAAUGGCCAGCGUCAACAUGCGUUUGGAAGCGGGCGCCAUUCGAGAGCUGCAUUGGCACAAAACCGCCGAGUGGGCCUAUGUCUUGAAAGGAUCAACGCAAGUUACCGCAGUAGACCCGCAGGGGCGCAACUUCAUAUCUACAGUGCAAGCUGGUGACCUCUGGUACUUCCCUCCCGGCAUCCCGCAUUCACUCCAGGCCACGGCUGACGACCCCGAAGGCUCUGAAUUUAUUCUUGUCUUUGAUGAUGGGAACUUUAGUGAAGAUUCGACCUUCCUGCUAACGGACUGGCUUGCACAUGUCCCCGCCGAAGUGAUAUCACGAAACUUCCAAGAGCCCAUUACGUCCUUCGCGCACAUUCCGGCGCAAGAAUUGUACAUCUUCCCGAGUGCCCCACCUCCAGACGAUGCCUUGGCACCUACGAGCCCACAAGGCAGCGUCCCGGACCCAUUCUCGUUUGCCCUCUCGAAGGUCAAUGCUACCCAACUGGCCGGCGGAACCGUCAAGGUAGUCGACUCGUCUACGUUCAAGGUCUCGAAGACUAUUGCUAUGGCUGAGGUCACUGUCGAGCCUGGUGCUAUUCGGUCAUGGCACCCGACCCAAGAUGAAUGGAGUUUCUUCAUCGAGGGCGAGGCCCGCGUGACUAUCUUCGCAUCCCAGGGUACCGCUAGAACGUUCAACUACCAGCCCGGUGACAUCGGAUACGUCCCUGCUACCAUGGGCCAUUACGUCGAGAAUGUCGGCAACACUACGGUCCGCUUCCUUGAGAUAUUCCGCUCUGACCGAUUCGAGGAUAUCAGCUUGAACCAGUGGCUCGCCCUCACUCCUCCGGACUUGGUUAAGGCUCAUCUUGGUUUGUCUGAUGAGACCAUCAGCCACUUGCAGAAGACGAAACCCACCGUUAUGAACGGCGCUGGUGCAUGA